CCGUUGCUGAGACUGAAUGAUUGUUUACGUCCGGCCAGCGUUGCCUCGCCUCCCAGCCAUGGCGGACCUGCGCUUGGAGGUGCCGGCGGAGAAUGCCGUGCUGGAGGUGCUCUACGAUGGCACGGAGCUCUACCAACAGCCUCCGUCUAUGUCGGAGAACCUCACUCAGCUGGCCAAGAAAAUUGACUUUGCCACCGAUGGGGAAGAGAUGUCCACAGAGGAGAAGGAGGAGGAGGAGGAAGAGGAGAAGCAGCCAUUUCAACAACCUCACUGGCCACUCGAGGAAGUCAGGAAUAAAAUAAGACAAUCAUUGACGGAAGUGUCUGUUCUCCAUGACUUGCUGAUGAUAGUGAAGCAGAAGCCGCCACAGUACAUGGUUCUGGACCCUGUGCAGGCCGAGGCACCAGAACCCAGGGCUUACAUACAGUUCCUCUCUCUGAAGAAGAGUCUACAGUCAGCCUCGUCCAUACUCCUGACGGGAGCAGAGCGCCUCCGUGCCUCUCAAGCUGAAAUGGGUCGUACCAAUCGCCCGGUUCAGGACUUCCACAUUGAGCUGUUACGCCUGCGGCAGAACUGGAGGCUCAAGAAAGUGGGGAACAACAUAAUUGGCGAUCUGUCGUACCGCUCGGCCGGCUCCAUGUUCAGACACACUGGAAUCUUUGAAGUUUCCAAGGCUGACGAGGCAUCAGGACCCAACGCCCUGGUCGGGGUUAGUGGCGGGACAUCGCCUAUUGCCACCAUAACUACCAGGGGCCCCCAGUCCUCCCUCAGGGUCACUGUUCCCACAGAACUCACGGGCUCAGCUUACAUCUUUGUGUGCAUCAAGAAAGAUGAGGAAGACAUCUGUUCUGCACAGCUCACUAGCAGUGACUUUGUGGUUGGUGACACUCCAUGGCAGCAGAAGCUGGAGAAGGCACAAAACGUACUUUUCUGCAAGGAACUCUUUAGUCAGCUGGCACGGGAGGCUGUCAAGCUCACACCCUCCAUCCCUCACUUGGUGGUUGGCAACCAGAUCACGGCAACCAUCUUCCCCGGCAUUCACUUACUCGUUGGGUUGUGCCACUCCGACGGCAAAAACGCUGGGCACAAGGGCGGCGUGGGUGAGGGCUUCGUAGCAGCAGGGGUCACGGGAACAGGGGCGGGUGGAGGUGUGGGAGGCAGCACCAUGGCCAGCAGCACCACAGGCGGAGGCUUGAUGGGUGCCUCCAAGUAUAAGCAUGAACAUGACCUGGAACACUCCCUCCACCAGCUGCUGCACCGCGUCUACCACAGCAGCUUCCAGCACCCCCUCCCCCACCCUGUCUACGCCUACAUGGGCAUGAGCAAGGGCAGGCGGGCAGCUGGUCCAGAAGGCACGGACAGAACACAGCUGAUGAACAUGAUGCGGGAGCAGACGCUUCUUGAGCAGAUCAUCCGGCAGGUGCAGCACAACUUCCUGCGCCUCAGGACCAUGUACGUCAUCGACCAGCUGGCGGCGGAAUUCAAGGAUCCACUCAUCGUCUCCCACUGGAAUGCCUUCAACUCCCCCACCCAGUCAUGCGUCAAGAUCAACAUUGUGACGCAGGGCUAUGACACAGCCUUGCGCACCAAACUGGUCAUCCACAUCUUCGAGAGAACGCUGAAGUGCAUUUGCCGUGAUGGGAAGAUCAUGACGAUGUCCUUUGAGCCACAAGAGUUGAGGAAUUUGAUUCUCUGUCAGAUCUCUCAGCAUAACAUGGCUGCUCUUCAGGGCCUGGCCAAGUACACUGGAUGGACUGUGCUGUCAUCCGAGCAGAACAUCGGCACUGGCACCAUUGAGCCAUUAGGUAAUGCCUCCACUGUUAUGCUGGCAUCUCCUUCCGGCAACAAGGUGAUUGGGGUGCACUCCGGCCCCCACCAACGAGUGUCAGUGUUUGUCUCCUCAUCACCACGGCCAGACUUCUACCCCUCCACGGUUGUGUCCGAGCAGCGGUGGGAACACUUAGGGUCUGUGUGGCAGGAGGUUCGGCAUGACCGCAUGGAGGGACGAAACUUCCUCAACAAGAUGGAGCUCCUCAUGUCAGCACUCACUGCCUAACUGACAUUCUGCAUGAAUGACUUUUGAUAUUCAAAAGUAUACCUUUGAGCAAGUGGACUGAGGGUGCCAAGUGCAUAACACUAGGCUGAAAGCAAAAAGCCAGACAUCCAUUUGUGCAUGAUUCUGUCUGUCUGUAUUUGAUCUGGCACUGCAAGUUUCUUGGGCCAGGAUCAAGGUACAGGUGUUUGGAGGCUUACUGGAUGAAACGGUAUGUACAGACUGUUCUUGCACAUGGCAAGGAUAUAAAGCUCUUGGAAAAUUUCUCAUACAUACCUGUGAAGAAGGACAAAAUUUGGAUCUUCAAGUAACUUGUGCUUCCUGUCAUACUGUAUGGCUGUGAGACAGGGACACUAAAUAGUGACUUGAAGAUGCAAAUGAAUACCCUUGGUAAUAAGUGUCUCCACUGUAUCAUGGAGCAUCACUGGAUGAUUUUGUGUAAAAUUGACGAUUACUCCGUGAGACUGAAUUGAAGCCUUAUUACCUGAAUAGUUUGUGAAUGCCAACCUCAGGUAUAUAUAUGGCCAUGUGACACAUGACCCAGAACUCAACCCUGCUCACUGGGUUGUAUCUCUUGAGGCUUACUUGGUGUGAAAUAAAUACCUAUAUGGAGACAUACUAGGAGAGUCCCACAAAAAUAGUUUUAUAGAGUGGGCAAGGUAACAUGACCUCUGGCCCCUGUUGCUUGAUUGAUUGAUUGUCUGUGUUCGUCUCAUUUGUCUGUGGCAUGGUCGUCAGACACCAGAUCUGUUUCCAUCAUCAUCUAAGAUUUAUCCCCAAGGAUCACUAGGGGAAACUGGCCCUUGUCCGAGCUAAAACCUACUGAAAUUUUUGGGCAGGGCAUUAUUACAGAUAAGUGUAGCAAUUACUGCCACAGCUGUAGUAGAGUCAGUGGAUAUUUCAUUACUUUUUCCUAUACACGACCACCUUGGUGUACAUAGAACAGACAAAAGCCACAGUAUAUUAUAGCCUCCACAUCCCAGCAGUGAUGAAGCAACUGGCUGUGGUGGUGAUAUGACCUGUUCCAGGGCAGGGGUGCCAAGAAUCUUGUUGAACAGCCAAAUUGCUUUUGCAAUCUAACCUUUGUAAGGUACAAUCAAGCAACCAAGUGAAGGUGACUUGACUGUAAUGCUAGAAGAACUAAGAUAUUACAGGAACAUCACAGGCCAUAGGUCUCAAAUGUUUGAUUCUUCACAAAUACAGAUGUAGACAUGCAUCACAGACAAAUGAAGGCCCAGCUUGAGUGUGUUGCUAGAUAAUAAACAUGGCUGCAACUCCUGAAAGCUAUCUAGAACUCACCUUGGCAGUUCUGAGUUGUUAAUGUCAUGGAUGAAAAUGUGGAAGGAGUAUGUAUUUCAUAGGUGUGAAAAUAUUAUUUUUUUAUUAAACUGUUAAAGUACAAAGUGCUGUACAAAGA